CAAAAUGACUAAUGGCGCAGGAGGUGGACGAAAUAGACAUAAUGAUUAAUUAUCACGGCGGAUUCGAAAAAAUAGACCGGAAAAACAGCCGUUAUCCUUAUUGUAUCGUUUGGACACCUAUUCCAAUACUGUCGUAGUUGCUCCCCUUCAUUGGUCACAUGGGGAUCUGUACUUCUGCAGGCGUGAUAAGAGACUUCGCUGGAUCGUACUUAGUGUCUGAAGAUAAUAUGGCCUUUGGAAGACCAACAAAGUACUGGAAGCUUGAUGUUGAUAAGGUGUGUGGCACUGGCUCAGCUGUCUGGGACAAAGCAGUGCACAAUGCAUCGGAGGAGUACAAAUGCAGGCCGGUAUGAACAUUGACAGUGUCAUAAUAAGACAGACAGGAAGGUCUAGUAGUGGAAUUAUAUUUCCUUCCUAGGUUCUAUUGAACAUCACUCCCACGUGGCCCGGGCCCUCAACCUCAUGCGUUACGACAACAGAACGUUCUGGAACAUGGUCAACCUAUGCCUGCAGACCCUUAUCCAUGGCAGGCAUGUCAGGGAGCUGGAGGAGUGGAGAGAUAAUACAAGGGAUUUUCCUGCUCGGUUGUAAUCAGAAAAAGUGAAUGAAGAAGAGGAAUGUUCCGAUGGGACACUUCUUUGUGCAGUGCUAAUAUCCGCGCUCUCCGACAUCCAGCAGAAAGGUGUCUCAUGCGGGCAGUUAUGUCCGGUUGUUCUUGCUUGUUUUGAAGUACCUUUUACUCGAUAACAGAAAGGAAUGUGGUAUAAAUGAAUGUUUGGCUUGGGAUAGUCAUAACCAUAAAUAUAGAACUGAUAUAGCGUCUGCUAAAUGACAAGAAUUUGAACGUAAAUAUAUUGUCUACGGCCAUAAAUUCAUACGGGUCUCUUUUACUGACCCCUGAACCCAAUUUAACCAGUGUAAUAACAGCUCAACAUCAUUUUACUUUGUAAUUGUUUACUGUAUUUUAUCAGACAGUAUUCGUUCAUGCAAUAGUGUAAGUUCUCUGAAGCAACAUGCUCAGGAAUGUUAAUAUACUGUACAGUAGUACAUAAUCAUGACCAAGCAUUUGAUAGAAUUACAGAAAUGAUGGGGAAUAGGCUGUACCAUAUAGGCUAGUAAAGUUAAAACAAAUUGCUUCGUAAACAACAGGUGUAGACUAACAGUGAAACGCUUCCCAUCAAUGCAGAGAGAAAGAAAAUAUAGAAAUAAUAGAAAAGUAAUAAUAAAUACACAGAGUAACGCUAACCUUGCUAUAUAUACAUGGGGUAGCAGUACAGAGUCGAUGUGCAGGGGUACGAGGUAAUUAAGGUAGAUAUGUACAUAUAACUAGGAAUAAAGUGACUUGGCAACAGGAUAGAUAAUAAACAGUAGGGUAUGUGAUGAGUCAAAAAAGUUAGUGCAAAAUGGGUCAAUGCAGAUAGGUAACCAAAUAACUACCCAGGCUAUUUAGCUAAACUAUUUAACAGUCUUAUGGCUUGGGGUAGAAGCUGUUCAGGGUCCUAUUGGUUCCAGACUUGAUGCAUCGGUACCGCUUGCCUUAUGGUAGCAGAGAGAACAGUCUAUGACUUGGAUGGCUGGAGUCUUUAACUGCCUGUUAUUGAGGGCGGCACGUAGCCUCGAGGUUAGAGCGUUGGGUUCGAAUACCGGAACCACAAGGUGAAAAACAAAUCUGUCGCUGUGCCAUUGAGCAAGUCACUUAACCCUAAUUGCUCCAGGGGCGCUGGACAAUGGCGACCCUGGCCGUGACACCCCACUCCCUGCGGGUCUCAGGGGAGUUAGCAUAUGCCCCCCCCCCCCCCCCCCCCAAAAUAUUUUAUAUUACACACUUGUGUGUAGCAGGACAAAUAUAUGCACCGCCCAAAUUAUUAUAUGUACCGGGCAAUGCGCACUACCCUGUUUUGUGUUGUUAUUUAUUGGAACAAAUAUAAAUAAAUAUGCAUAGCCUACUUAUUCAUUGUUUAUAAACUGUUAAAUCAUAUCACACAAAGACACCACAGAGGUCUACUGGUCGACUGUUCUGUGUAGUAUAAUAUUAUUAGCGUCUGUGCCUUUAAAAGACGUUCACUGUUAUUCCUCUCCUUGAUUCUGCGCGGGUAUUUAAACUCAAGCUAACAAUUCGCCGGUCCUGUUGAUCAGCAGAUGAAAUAUCCUUCUCACUCUCACUCAAUGCAGACACAAACCAUUGGGCUAUCCAUUCGGCACCAUCUAAAGAAAGGCUAACACCUCAUACCGGAAUCCUUCUGCAUAUUCUGGUAUUUAUCAGUUUAUAACUUUUCUGUUGCGUUAUGCAUAAUUUGGUGAUCAUUGUACUUUUUGGUGCGCUACUCUGUGCGCUCCACGAGUGCUUGGAGUGCCCAUCAGGCUGCGGAUGCGUUGCUGACACGCGCACAGUGAAAUGCGUCUCCAAGGACCUUCGCGCCAUACCACAAGAUAUUCCAGGAUACACAAGGAAUGUGAUCAUCACAGGAAAUCAUAUAUUCAGAAUUGGAUCAGAGACGUUUCAAGACCUGAAAAAUGUCACCACCAUCAUUUUGAGCAACAAUAGGAUCACAGAGGUUGCGUCCCACAGCUUCUCUACCCUUUCUUACCUGCGCUCCCUGGACAUGAGCUGCAACCAUCUGGCUCUCAUCCACCCUGAAGCCCUCAUGAUCCCAGGGAGUCCUCUAAAGGAGCUUAACCUCAGCCGCUCCCUGUAUAACUACACCUCACUGACUGAUCUCACCACCGCACUGCGCUGGGGAGGCCUAGGUGGGCUGCUCAGCCUAGACCUCUCCGGGAACCGCCUGGUCUUCCUACCCCCAGGGAUGUUCUCCCACCUCCCCAGCCUGCAGCACCUCCUCCUGGGUAACAACUCCCUAGCAUCAGUCUACAACGGCACCUUCUUUGGCCUGCGCCGCCUGGAGCUGCUCGACCUGACCCGCAACUCUUUCAGGAUGUUCGGAAGCGAUGCUCUGGGUGAGCUGGAGAGGCUGGUGCAAGCCCCCCGCAUCCUGCUGAGCCACAACCCCUAUGUCUGCACAUGUGAGAUCCAAGACUUUGCCGUGUGGCUCAAGAGCUCCCGGGCUCAGGUGGGGGAUGCAGAAGCCCUGACCUGCGCCUCACCCUGGGAGUUUCAGGACAGGCCCCUGCAAGGGCUCGGGGUCCAAGUUAUCGGAUGCCAUGUCACUUCACCACCUCUGGUCGGAAUCAGAGACGAGGUGGACAACCUCUCCCUGCAGACCUCCUAUGUCCUCCUGGGUCUGGUGCUGGGCUUUGUGGGCAUGGUCUUCCUCUUUGUGCUCUACCUCAACCGGCAAGGUAUUAAAAAGUGGGUGGUGGAGACGCGAGAUGCCUGCCAUGAAGUGUUGGAGGGGUAUCAACACCGCUAUGAGACCGACACUGACCCACGCCGGGAAUACCUCUCAAAAGACGUCAGAGUCGAAGAGAUGCCACCGACAAACGGUAGUUUUGGACAGGCUCACUCCGAUAACCGCUUAUCACAGCUACCCACUGACACCUGUUUAGUUCAGAUCUCCUCAGACACACAGGUCAAGCCAGGCUCCAUCUCGGUGGAUUUGUGAUUCCUCAUUCCCUGGAAUGGAACUGGACUGGAGUGAACUUGCAUUCAGGGUUGGGUAGGUUACUUUCUAAAUGUAAUCUGUUACAGUUUAGUUACCUGUCCAAAAUUGUAAUCAGUAAUGUAACUUUUGGAUUACCCAAACUCAGUAAUGUAAUCGGAUUACUUCCCCUUUAUUAGAAGUAGACAAAAAAGGAUCAACACACACACGUGGUCUCUGACUUGUGGUCACACUCGCUCAGUUGGAACAAACUUAAACCUGUGCUUUUAUCAAUGCUGAAUUAAAUGUCAUUGAGAAAACAGCAAACAUCCUUUCUGAAUUUGAAAGUAAUCCAACAAGUAAUCAUCUAGUUUUUUUUCUGUAAUCUGAUUACAAUAUUUUUUUGCUGGUAACAUAACUGAUUACAAGUAAAUUAAAAAAAAUCAGAUUACAUAUCAGUUUCUGCCCAACCCUGCUCACAUUUGUGAGGGACUUAUCUGUAUCAUACAUUCCUGUACAAUGUGUUGAAUAUAAUUACAUCACUUAUGUAAGCAUAAAACUGCAGAACAGUUAUGCUAUUUAAUGGAGAGCCUAUUUUAAGUGUGAACAGCCGGGCUCGUUGUACCUGCAUAGCCUUGAUACCUCUUUUACUGUGGCCACAUUUUAACUGACUUGCAUAGAUUUAACCAAGUUGCCAUCUGUCUUUGGUGUUGUAUGUAUUAUUAUAUUAUACUUUGUGGGUCUUAUUGACAUAUCUAGAUGGAACCAAAGCAAUAUUACCUAUCCGAAGGGUCUUGACUGCAAAACUAACCUUGAAUGUCUACUCUUUUGGGAAGAUUGAAUGAUUCCACACUGCACUAGGUCAUCUUUUCGUCCUUAACUGACUUUGUAACCAGAUGUGACCGGGCAAGAAAGAAAGGGCACAUAUUUCCAGAGUGCAGAAAUGAAAUGGUAUUGAAGUGAUGAAGCAGGAUCUAGUGUGGUGUAUAAACUCAUGUGCAUAACUUACCAGUGCUAUGUAAGAUAAUUGAAAUGAAACAAUUGU